AUGGGUAUAGCAGCAGAUGAUGUCUUUCUCAUGUACAACGCCUAUCAGUUGGCAGCCAGGGUGGUAGGAAAUGCUGAUCCAAAAGAAAAGAUGAAGUGGGCCUUCAAGGAAGCUUCCGCAGCCAUGCUGGUGACAUCGGUAACCACCUGUGGAUCCUUCUACGCCAACAGUUUCUCUGUGAUCAAAGUGGUUAGGAGCUUUGGAUUCUUCAUGGCUUCAGUGGUAGCUUGGAAUUUUGUGAAUGUGCUCACCAUAUUUCCAUCUGCGAUUUUGGUGAAUGACCUUUACAUCAUGCCUUGUCUUCACAGAAGGGCUAGAGGACCUGCCGCAUAUGUGCCAUCAAAGCUCCACGACAAGAAAAUGGAGGCAAAGCUGAGCCGCCAGGAGCUUGGAUGCAUUGGCGGAGGGAAAUGCUUGUCACCGUGCAUCUCCACUUUGCGGUGGUGCCUGUUGGUUUCAUCCUUGCUGAUCAGCAUCAUUUCCUUGAUCCUGGGAGUCCAAAGCUUUCGAGUGUCGGAGGGUGAGAUUCAGAUCUUUGAAGAAGAUUUGAACCUGGGCCGAUUGCAGAAGUUGCGAAAGGAGAUCUUUCCGGAUUCCCCGGGAGAUUACGAGAAGGCCAUUGAGGUGAAUCCACCUGGAAGAACGGUCCGAAUUGAUGCAUGCCCAGGACAAGUGAACGACACCUGGUGCAGUGGACAAGGCAUGUGUGAUACAACCACCAGCAGCUGCUUGUGUGAUGAUGGAUUUGUUGGACAAGGUUGUUCAGUGGAUAGAGCCAAUGGAAGCAUUCAAUUGGUCUACUUGUCAGCUCCAGACAUCUUGGCAGCCCAAGUGGAGGAUGUCGAUUUCGUCCAUGCCCAUGUGCUCUCAUCUCCAACGUUGACAGAAGUGCCAGCAGAUGCACAGCCAGGAAGAGCGGAUUUCUUUAUGCUGAACCAUGGCGACGACCCCGUGUCGUGGGACCUUGCUGCCUCACCAGAGGCAUCUUGGUUGACUUUCAGUUCCACCAUGGGAACUGUGCCCCCUCGAAGCUUUUCCAGGACGGAUCAGUCGUAUCUCGGCAGAGGGACCUUCGUGGCAUCCAUGGACCUGUCAAGGAAGCCAUUCGCCUGGGAGGGAACGACCACCCUAAGAGUGUCGUCUCCGAACGGAGCAGAGGAUGUGUCCAUGACAGCGCUGGUGGUACCUCCAGCCUCUCUAACAGAACUGGUGGUGUCGGAGUGGAAUUCUGCCGCAACGCCAGUGCCGGUGCAACCGGUGCGGCUGCAACCGCCUUUUUCGAUCUCCUAUGGCUUCAGCGCCAAUGUAUCGGAGAAUCUCUUGUUGAAAGACUUGUACAUCACCUACCAGGUCGAAGUUCAAAGCCCAGAGAUUCUGCUCCAAGUCACGGCUAUCCCCCAGCACCGUGUCCUGAUGGACGGCCUCCCGCGGAGCUCCGCGUUUUUGGCGUUGCCGGAGGUCACGCGAAGGAUUCCCAUCCAGGUCCUGUCGGCCUUUCAAAGCACUACCUACAUCCUGGAGGCUUCGAGGAACUGCGAUUGGCCAUGUACCACGACAACGUUGACCACCACGUCUGCGACCCAAAGCACUGUCCCCGGGGCGACCACACGAACCAUCACCAGCACCAGCAGCACUUGGACGACAACGAAGGAGUACGAUACUGUGGUCGGAAUUAUGACUCUCAACGUGCUGAAUUGCCCGGCGUUGCAAUCUGUGGAAGGUCAAGUUGCGUUAGAAAGGAGCAUGGCUGACAUAGCCCAGGUGGACCCCAAGGCCGCGAUGGUUGACCUUUGGUGUGGCCGCCGUUUAGGGGUUGAUGAAAGGCGACUGCAGGUGGUUGGAGCUGAACUUCGCUACAGCAUAGUUGUGGAGCAGUUUGCAUCAAGCGCGGUGGUCCAAAAGUUGACGAUGGAGAACGAGCAGAGCAUGACACAGAAAUUGCAGGCGUCCGUGGAUGGGACAUCCCUGGUGGUGCAACUGAAGGUCUUGUCACUCGAAGAGCCCGAAGUGAAUCCCGAUUCCACAACAACAGUCACAGUCAGCUCAACUCGUAGAACCUUGACUUCCACCAGCAGCCUGACCACCACCUUGAGCAUCACAUCCAGUGACAGCACAGUCACCAGCACAUCGCUGGCCUCUGCCACCAGUCUCACGACUUCGACCUCCCGAAGCAUCACCAGCACUGGAUCCACCAGCACAGUGCCCACAUCGUCCAAAACCAGUAGCUUCACCGUCAGCAGCACCAGUCGAAGCUCCAGCCGCACAUCGACUUCCAGCGAGUUCACUUCGGUCACUUCGGUCACUUCGGUCACUUCCACUGUGACCUCCAAAAGCAGCACAGUGACCACAGUGACCACAGUGACCACAGUGACCACAGUGACCAUAGUCACUGGGACUACCAGUGUCAGUAGCAGUAGCACGUUCACCACUGCAACCACUGUCACAGCAACCGCAACGAUUCAAGAAACGACGCAAGCCACAAGCAGCCAGGGGACUGAGGGAACCACUGGAACAACGGGAACCACUGGAACUGGAGCCACAACCAGGGUGACUAGCACGAGUCCCAGCUCAGUGACAUCGUUGACAACUACAUCCGUGCAGAGCGAGAGCACCUCAACUGGAAAUGAUGGAAAUGCGUCCGACACUGCAAAUGAGACGAAUGAAAGCACAAGUUCGAGCACUACAAGCACCAGUACUAGCACAAGCACAAGCAGAACAACAAGUAGCACGAGUACCACAAGUACAACCAGUUCGACGUCCACAAAGUCUGUGACGUCCUACACCACCACCACGCACACCACAUCAAGCAUCACUGCAACGUUUCUGGAAGGCUUUGACUACAUCUCGGGUCAGGUGGAAAUUCUGGUGUCUGAUUGCGCGGCAGUUCAAAGUGACCUGGGUCGGGAAGUGAUGCGGCAAAGCAUCGCACAAGCAGCAGAGGUGAACGCCUCCUACAUCACAGUGGACAUCCAAUGUGAGGCGGCGGGCGUGGGGCGACGACUUCAGCUUACCGUGGCUUAUGCGUCUUAUGGAAUCCAAUUUCCACCGGAGAGGUCGGAAGAGCUGUUUCCAGGGGCCAUGGUGAAGUUGGAGACACAGCAGGCAUCGCUGCAGGCUUCGCUGGACACUGCACUGGCCGGGACUGGUCUGGUGAUGUUGGUCCAAAACAUGGAAGUGGUUUCUGGACCACCACCCACGACUUCCAGCACUUCAAGCACCACUUUGUGUCCUGGGAUGCCAACUUGCAUGGGCAAGGGCCGCUGCGAGCAGACUACCACCUGGCAAUGCGUCUGUGAGGAAACCUACAGCGGCGUUGACUGUUCGAAUCGAAUUUGCCCCAGCUGUCAGAAUAAUGCAAGUUGCCUGGAAGGGACUCAGGACCUGGAGUCUUUGUGGGGAUGUGACUGCUCCGAAGCAUUCUUUGGCGCAAACUGCGAAUUAUUGCGAUGCCCUGGAGAUUGCAAUGGUGGAGGAGAUUGUAACAAUGUCACAGGGCAUUGCACCUGCUUGAUUGGCUUCAAGGGAGCUGACUGCUCUGUGAAGGAUGUACCUCUGACCAACGCCAUUGAAAUCAUCUUAGUUUUCGGACUGAAAGGUUACCAGGCGCUGAAUCGCAGCGCGCCGGAGUUUGAUCGAUCCCUGAAACUUUUGGAUCCAGUGGCGCAGGAGCAUUUGCUGAGUGCCUGCAGCGAAGCCAGAGCAACACUCGAUCUUCGAGUGAAGGAUGAGAUGCCAUGUUGGAUCGACAGCUUCAAGACCUUCAUGACAGCCCGUGGAGGUCAUUUCCCUGUGUCGGACAUGGGGAUGAUGUCCGAAGCCUUACAAGCGUUUCUGUACACAACGAGCAGCAAAGACUUGGGUUACCGGCGCGACGUAUUGACGACAGGGGAGACCUUUGACGGCGAGUUAAUCUUCACAAGACUCAGAAUGAAGGUUAAUAUGGCCAUCAAUGCGGAGAAGUCUGAGAGACGAGACCUUCGAGAAAGACGGGAGGACUAUGUGAGACAGCUGAAUGCCAGAGCACCUCGUGAAACAGGACGGACGGGCUAUGAUGGUUUCAAAGACCUGGACAAGUAUGGAAUUGGAAGACAGGGUCUUCUCCAGUACCAUUGCAGCUUUCAGUCUAUCCAUUUUGACGUCCCUGGUGGCUGUGUCGCUGUUCACGCGGAAUGUUCUGCUGGCCUUCUAUGUUUGCUGUACCAUCCUGUUGGUGGUUUGCGUUUUAUCCGGAUGUUUGCUGAUCCUUAG